AUGGACUUCAACUUCAAAAAGAUUGCCAGUGAAGCCGGUGGAUUUUUCACCAGAGCUAAACAGCUUACCGAGGAAACAUUUCUCAAGGCGGAACGAACGGAACUCGAUGCAAACUUUGAGAAUCUCCUCCAAAGAGCAGAUAAAACUGAAGAGCAUACUCGACGUUUGCUCUCUGCUAUUGAAGGAUAUUUACAACCAAAUCCAACUAUUCGUAUGGAAGAAGUUUUCUAUGAGAAGCUCGAGCUCAAAAAAGAUGGUCCAGCGCGUCAGAACAAUCUUGAGCAUCUCGCUUUGGCUAUGUCGGAAGCUGGCGAACAGUUUGGGUCCGAAACGCCCUAUGGUAGUGCUUUAAUCAAAGUCGCGCAAACUGAGCAGAGACUUGGUUUGGCCGAGAAAGAGUUGUGCCACCAAGCAGCUACAAACACACUAUUGCCAAUUAGGCGUUUCCUUGAAGGCGACAUGAAGACUAUUCAGAAGGAAAGAAAGGUUUUGAAUACAAAACGACUUGAUUUGGACGCUUGCAAGAAUCGGUUAAAGAAAGCGAAAAACGUCGAACAGCAAGGAAAUACGAAAUCUGCAUCAGGAUUAACUGUGGAGCAGGCUGAAGCGGAUGUUCGCGUCGCCCAGGCCGAGUUUGACAAACAGGCUGAGAUCACAAAGUUGCUGUUAGAAGGAAUUCAAACUGCUCACAAUAACCAAUUGAAAUGUUUGCGCGACUUUGUGGAAGCUCAGAUGUCGUUUUACGCGCAAUCUCAUCAGCUCAUGGCAGAUUUGCAACGCGAACUUAGCGGAACCUUGUCCUUCCGUGGCUGCUCAGCAACCAUAAUUAAAAGUAGUGCAGAUCCACCAAAUGGACGCAGUCAGGCAGCUCCGACGAAAUCAGAAAGAACAGCGGCAUUCCUUCCGGAUGACAUGGGGACUAAACAAGCUAAAGUUAUAAUGGACUAUGACGCGGUGUUGGGAACGGAAAUUAGUGUGAAGCAAAAUGACGUUUUAAUUGUUUACCGACUUCCGGGAAUGGAUCCUGAAUAUGUAAUGGCUGAGAAGGGAGGAGUACGCGGAAAAAUACCAAUAACUUAUUUAGAGCCUUUGUAA